AUGACACACCAGCAAGAGUGGAUACAGACCGACCAACGAAGAAGAGGAUGGCUCCGUCCGUCCUCCACAAAGAGAACGCAGCAGGCGAAUGACAAGAAGUGUCGGUUGACAACCAAGUCCAACACACCAGAGACAACCUCCACCUGUAGAUCAAAGAGCAGCGUUAGUGAACUGAAGCAGCAUCAGUCAGCAACCAAAAGAAAGGCAUCAUUGCCAUCAACGACAACAACAAUAACAACAACUGCUACACAGAACCAGAAGCCCAAGACAACGACCACAACGACAACUGCUGCUGCACAGACCAAGAAGCACAAGACAUCAGCGACAACAACAACAACUGCUGCUAAGACCAAGAAGCACAAGACAACAACCACAUCUUCACAACAACACAACUAG